AUCGCCUUCCGCUGAGACCAGGCACAGCCCAGCUAGCAGCACCUCCCCUACAGACACAGGAAGCCUGCUUCUGUGCAGCCUCUGAGAUGCACCCCUGGGGUGAGGAGUUUGAGGAGGCAUCACAGUCCUGGUGGUCUCUCCCCCCAGAGCAGCUGGCCCUUAUGAUUGGAGGCGUCAUUGGGGGGCUCCUGCUGCUGCUGCUGUUGAUCGGGCUGAGCUGCUGUCUGUGGAGGAGGCUCUGUACCACCCUUGCCUAUGAGGAGCUGCCAGGGACAACAGCCAUGGCCACUGCAGCCACCUUCAGCAGACAGGGGGACAGGCUCUGCCAGCUGCAUGCCAAGACCCCACCGAGCAGGCCUCCGGGUAUGCCAUUCAUGGUGCCCCCUUCCCUCCGAGACCAAGACUGGGUGCCUUUGCACAGUGGAGAGAGGGCCCAGGCCCCACGGGACCCCUGUCCAGCCCCGGAGCUCCUGCCUCAUGCCCUUGGAGACAGAUGUGUGGUGGGGGCCAUCAACCCAGAACUGUACAAGUUCCCAGAGGACAAGAGUGAGACCGACUUCCCUGCCGGCUGCCUAGGGCGGCUGUGGUUCUCCGUGGAAUAUGAGCAGGAGGCUGAGCGGCUUCUGGUGGGCUUGAUCAAGGCACGGCAGCUACACACCCCCUCAGAGACCUGUAGCCCCUUGGUGAAGCUCCAUCUGCUGCCCGAUGAGCGGCGCUUCCUCCAGUCCAAGACCAAACGCAGAACCUCCAACCCGCAGUUUGAUGAGCACUUCAUUUUCCAGGUGUCCAGCAAAACUGUCACCCAGAGGGUACUGAGAUUCUCAGUGUACCAUGUGGACAGGCAGAGGAAACACCAGCUCCUGGGCCAGGUGCUCUUCCCCCUGAAGAGUGAGACCCUGGCAGGUGAUUGCGGGCGCAUCAUCUGGAGAGACCUGGAGGCCGAGAACCUGGAGCCUCCCUCGGAGUUUGGCGACCUCCAGUUCUGCCUCAGCUACAAUGACUACCUGAGCCGCUUGACGGUGGUCGUGCUGCGUGCCAAGGGCCUCCGGCUCCAGGAGGACAGGGGUGUUGUCAGCGUGUUUGUCAGGGUGUCUCUGAUGAACCACAACAAAUUCGUCAAGUGCAAGAAGACUUCAGCUGUGCUGGGCUCCAUCAACCCUGUAUACAAUGAGACCUUCAGCUUCAAGGCCGAUGCCACCGAGCUGGACACUGCCAGCCUCAGCCUGACAGUGAUGCAGAGCCUGGAAGGGGACAAGAGCCACCAGCUGGGCCGGGUGGUGGUUGGCCCCUACAUGUACACCCGUGGCAGAGAGCUGGAGCACUGGGACGAGAUGCUCAGCAAGCCCAAGGAGCUGGUGAAGCGCUGGCAUGCGCUCUGCCACACCCCCGAGCCCUGACCGGCGCCCAGGACCGUGGCUCUGCUUCAGGAGCCCACUCUCCUCCCAGUCACAUGGGAUGGCCAAAAGAAAGGACGCUUCAUUCAACAUCUGCCCAGUCUGCAGCUGUAGCCAGUGCAGCCUCCCUCCACACUCCAUCCUUCCUACC